AUGGGAUUGAGAGAUCGUAGUAGCAGCAUGGAGGAUCCAGAUGGGACAUUGGCCAGUGUUGCCCAAUGCAUUGAGCAGCUGCGCCAGAGCUCGUCUUCUGUGCAUGAAAAAGAGUAUUCCUUAAGGCAGUUAUUGGAUCUGAUAGAUAUGCGUGAAAAUGCAUUUAGUGCCGUUGGAUCUCAUUCUCAGGCAGUUCCAGUGCUUGUUUCCCUUCUCCGGUCAGGUUCGUUGAAUGUGAAGAUCCAGGCAGCAACUGUUUUGGGAUCACUUUGUAAAGAAAAUGAACUGAGGGUGAAAGUCUUGCUUGGAGGCUGUAUUCCUCCAUUGCUUGGUCUCCUAAAGUCCAGUUCUACUGAAGGUCGAAUUGCCGCUGCAAAGACUAUAUACGCUGUCUCUCAAGGUGGCGCAAAAGAUCACGUUGGUUCCAAAAUAUUUUCAACUGAAGGAGUAGUACCCGUGCUUUGGGAGCAGUUGCGAGCUGGCCUGAAAACCGAAAUUGUAGUUGAAAGUUUAUUGGCAGGAACAUUGAAAAAUCUCUCCAGCAGUGCUGAGGGAUUCUGGAACUCAACAAUUCAAUCUGGAGGAGUGGACAUAUUAGUGAAGUUAUUGGCAACAGGGCAGCCUAGCACUUUAGCCAGUGUUUGCUUUUUACUUGCUUCUGUAAUGAUGGAGGAUGCAUCUGUUUGUUCGAAGGUCUUGAGCGCAGAGGUGACUAAACAACUUUUGAAACUGUUGGGCCCCGGUAAUGAUGACCUUGUUAGAGCUGAAGCAGCUGGUGCUCUUAAAUCUCUAUCUUCUCAGUGCAAAGAGGCAAGGCGGGAGAUAGCCAGUUCUAAUGGCAUUCCUGCUCUGAUCAAUGCUACCAUAGCUCCUUCGAAAGAAUUCAUGCAGGGUGAGUGUGCUCAAGCAUUACAAGAGAAUGCUAUGUGCGCUUUAGCAAAUAUCUCAGGUGGUUUGUCUUAUGUCAUAUCUAGCCUUGGUCAAAGCCUCGAGUCAUGCUCUUCUCCUACACAAAUUGCCGACACUUUAGGAGCUAUAGCAUCAGCUCUUAUGAUAUAUGAUAACAAGGCCGAAUCUACCAAACCGUCAGAUCCUUUGGUGGUUGAAGAGACAUUACUCAAACAAUUCAAACCUCGCCUGCCUUUCCUUGUGCUAGAACGGACCAUUGAAGCUCUUGCUAGUUUAUACGGUAAUUCCGUACUCUCAACUAAACUAGCGAAUUCCGAUGCAAAACGUUUGCUUGUUGGUUUGAUAACAAUGGCUGCCAAUGAAGUGCAAGACGAGCUUAUAAAAGCUCUGUUGACACUAUGCAAAAGUGAAGGCAGUCUGUGGCGCGCACUUCAGGGUCGUGAAGGAGUUCAACUUUUGAUAUCUCUUCUUGGCCUUUCAUCAGAACAGCAGCAAGAAUGUGCAGUUGCAUUGCUUUGCCUUUUAUCCAAUGAAAAUGAUGAAAGUAAAUGGGCAAUUACUGCUGCUGGUGGUAUACCUCCGCUUGUUCAAAUUUUGGAGACAGGAUCUGCAAAAGCAAAGGAAGAUUCGGCAAGAAUCCUUAAGAAUUUGUGCAAUCAUAGUGAAGAUAUACGUGCUUGUGUUGAAAGCGCCGAUGCUGUUCCUGCAUUGUUGUGGCUAUUGAAAAAUGGAAGUCCUAAUGGGAAGGAUAUUGCAGCAAAGACCAUAAAUCAUUUAAUUCAUAAAUCUGAUACUACGACUAUCAGUCAGCUUACAGCAUUAUUGACUAGCGACCUUCCUGAUUCUAAGGUAUAUAUUUUGGAUGCUUUGAGAAGUAUGCUUUGUGUUGCUCCUCUUAGCGACAUUUUACGUGAAGGUAGUGCCCCAGGUGAUGCAUUUGACACCGUGAUAAUGUUAUUGAGCUCUAACAAGGAAGAAACUCAGGCAAAAUCUGCAUCAGCUCUGGCUGAAAUUUUCGAAGCAAGGAAGGAUUUGCGUGAAAGUAGCAUUGCUGUCAGAGCUCUUUGUUCAGCCAUGAAGCUGCUCAAUGUUGAAUCUGAAAGUAUCCUAAUGGAGUCCUCAAACUGCCUGGCUUCAAUAUUUCUUUCCAUCAAAGAGAACAAGGAUGUAGCAACUCUUGCUAGAGAUACAUUAACCACCCUAGUUGCUCUAGCUAACUCUUCAGUUCUGGAAGUGGCAGAGAUGGCUAUAGGGGCUGUAGCGAAUCUUAUUUUGGAUACUGAAAUAGCAAAGAAAGUUGUUCUAGAAGAAGUUAUCUUGCCUGCCACCAGAGUAUUACGUGAAGGCUCAAAUUCUGGAAAAACACGUGCUGCAGCAGCUAUCGCUCGCCUCUUACAUUCUCAGAAAGUUGAUAAUGCUGUUGCUGAUUGUGUGAAUCGUGCCGGCACUGUUCUUGCGUUAGUUUCCUUUUUGGACUCUUCUGUCAAUGAGUCUGUUUCCACAUCAGAGGCUCUAGAAGCACUUGUCAUUCUUUCCAGGUCAGAAGAGACUGGUGCAAAUAUUAAACCAGCAUGUGCAGUUUUAGCCGAAUUCCCUCAAAACAUAAUCCCAAUAGUACUGUGCAUUGUUAAUUCAACGCCGUCAUUGCAAGAUAAAACAAUUGAGAUUUUAUCUCGAUUGUGUAAAGAUCAGCCUGUUAUUUUAGGAGAUACUGUUGCAUCUGCCUCUGGAUGUAUAUCUUCAAUAGCUAAGAGGGUAAUUAGUUCCUCAAAUGUAAAAGUCAAAAUUGGUGGAGUUGCCCUUCUUAUUUGUGCUGCAAAACCAAAUCAUCAGAGACUGGUGGAGAAUAUCAAUAUAUCAAACUUGUCUGCUAACCUUAUUCAGUCUCUAGUUGAUAUCCUUAUUUCUGCACAGUCUUCUUUUGGUAAUGACGGUGAUGACGAUGACAAGGAAUCCAUCAGCAUUUGCAGGCGUACACAAGAAGAGGCCAACGGCCGUGAAUCCAAGACUGGAACUUCCACUAUAUGUGGUGUUGACUUAGCUAUAUGGUUGCUGUCUAUUCUUGCUUGUCAUGAUGAAAGAAAUAAAGCUGCUAUAAUGAAGGCUGGAGCAAUUGAUGUUCUCGCCGACAAGAUCUCAAAUUGUUACUCACAAUAUUCUCAGACUGAAUACAAAGAAGAUAGCAGUAUGUGGAUUUGUGCCUUGUUGUUGGCAAUAUUAUUUCAAGACAGAGAUAUCAUACGCGCACAUUCAGCCAUAAAGUCUUUACCGGCACUUGCCAAUUUAUUGAAGUCAGAUGAAUCGGCAAACAAAUAUUUUGCUGCACAAUCAAUAGCGAGCCUUGUUUGCAAUGGUAGCAGGGGAACACUUCUGUCUGUGGCAAAUUCUGGGGCAGCAGGCGGACUUAUCUCUUUGCUUGGCCGUGCUGAUACUGAUAUGCAGGAUCUUCUGGAAUUGUCAGAGGAAUUUGCUUUGGUGCGUUAUCCUGAUCAAGUGGCUCUAGAGAGGUUGUUUAGAGUUGAUGAUAUAAGAGUUGGUGCCACUUCUCGAAAGGCAAUUCCUGCCCUAGUUGAUCUUCUCAAACCAAUUCCGGGUCGCCCAGGGGCACCAUUUUUAGCUCUCGGGAUUUUGACUCAGCUUGGCAGAGAUUGUCCGUCAAAUAAGACUGUAAUGGUAGAAUCUGGAGCUUUAGAGGCUCUUACGAAGUAUCUUUCCCUUGGUCCACAAGAUGCAACCGAAGAAGCUGCUACAGAUCUACUAGGAAUUCUCUUUAGUAGUGCUGAUAUACGAAAACAUGACUCUGCAUUUGGCGCUGUUAACCAACUUAUAGCUGUCCUACGUUUAGGAGGAAGAGCUGCAAGGUUUAGUGCUGCAAAAGCAUUGGAAAGUUUAUUUUCUGCUGACCACAUUAGAAAUGCUGAGAUUGCUCGACAAGCUAUUCAACCCUUGGUAGAAAUUCUUAACACUGGUUCAGAAAGGGAGCAGCAUGCUGCAAUUGCUGCAUUGGUUGGGUUACUGAGUGAAAACCCAUCUAGAGCACUUGCUGUUGCAGAUGUUGAAAUGAAUGCAGUGGAUGUUCUUUAUAGGAUCCUUUCGUCAAAUUGUUCACUGGACCUGAAAGGGGACGCUGCUGAGUUAUGCUGUGCUCUUUUUGGAAAUACAAGGAUUCGGUCCACAACGGCUGCUACGCGAUGCGUUGAACCACUAGUCUCUCUCCUUGCACCCGAGUUCAGUCCUGCUCAUCAUUCAAUUGUCCGGGCACUGGAUAGACUUGUUGACGAUGAGCAACUGGCUGAAUUAGUUGCCACACACAGUGCAAUUGUCCCUCUUGUUAGUCUACUGUCUGGUAGAAACUUUGUACUUCAUGAGGCCAUUUCCAGAGCUCUGGUCAAGUUAGGAAAAGACAGACCUGCUUGUAAAAUGGAAAUGGUAAAAGCUGGAGUCAUUGAAAGCAUACUGGACAUCUUACACGAAGCACCUGACUUUUUGUGUGCAGCUUUUGCAGAACUAUUGCGUAUAUUAACAAAUAAUGCUACCAUAGCUAAAGGACCAUUGGCCGCCAAAGUUGUUGAACCCUUGUUUUUGUUGUUGGCAAGGCACGAUUUUGCGCCCGACGGACAGCACAGUGCAAUGCAGGUUUUGGUUAAUAUUGUAGAACAUCCACAGUGUCGUGCUGACCAUUCAUUGACUUCUCGCAAAGCUAUUGAACCUCUUAUCCCUUUGCUUGAUUCACCGAUAUCAGUAGUGCAACAGUUGGCUGCUGAGCUGCUUUCACAUCUGCUCCUAGAAGAACACUUUCAGAAGGAUCCAGUGACACCGAAAGUAAUUGCCCCUCUUAUAAGAAUUCUCAGUUCUGGUAUACCUUUAUUGCAGCAGAGAGCUGUAAAGGCCCUAGUUAGUAUUGCACUGACAUGGCCGAACGAAAUUGCCAAAGAGGGUGGUGUUGUUGAAAUUUCCAAAGUGAUAUUGCAAGCUGAUCCUUCACUUCCACAUGCUUUAUGGGAAUCCGCUGCGUCUGUUUUGUCAAGUAUUCUGCAAUUUAGCUCAGAAUUCUACUUGGAAGUGCCUGUUGCUGUGUUGGUAAAGUUGCUUCGAUCUGGCUCAGAGAGCACAGUUGUCGGUGCAUUAAAUGCGCUUCUGGUUUUGGAAAGUGAUGAUGGAACUAGUGCAGAAUCUAUGGCCGAAAGUGGUGCAAUAGAGGCUCUCUUGGAGCUCCUUAGAUCUCACCAGUGUGAGGACAUCGCUGCACGACUCUUAGAAGUAUUGCUGAACAACGUUAAGAUAAGAGAAACGAAAGUUACUAAAUCAGCCAUCUUACCGUUAUCACAGUAUCUCUUGGACCCGCAAACCCAAGCACAGCACGCAAGGUUAUUGGCAACUUUGGCUCUUGGGGAUUUGUUCCAGAAUGAGGCUCUUGCUCGAACAGGUGAUGCGGUUUCUGCAUGUCGUGCUUUAGUGAACGUGCUUGAAGACCAACCCACAGAAGAAAUGAAGGUUGUAGCCAUAUGUGCUUUGCAAAAUCUUGUAAUGUACAAUCGAUCAAAUAGAAGAGCGGUUGCAGAGGCCGGUGGCGUUCAGGUUGUAUUGGAUCUGAUAGGUUCAAGUAAUCCUGAAACUUCGAUUCAGGCUGCAAUGUUUAUUAAGCUUCUGUUCUCAAAUAAUACUAUUCAAGAGUAUGCUUCUAGUGAAACUGUCAGAGCAAUCACUGCCACUAUUGAAAAAGAUUUAUGGGCGAGUGGAACUGUGAACGAAGAAUAUCUGAAAGCAUUAAAUUCUCUAUUUAGCAACUUUCCGCGGCUUAGAGCAACUGAACCGGCAACACUUAGCAUUCCCCAUCUGGUAACAUCCUUAAAGACAGGUUCAGAGGCUUGUCAGGAAGCUGCCUUGGAUGCACUUUUCCUGCUCAGACAAGCUUGGUCAGCAUGCCCUGCCGAAGUAUCAAGAGCUCAGUCAAUUGCAGCUGCGGAUGCUAUUCCCUUCUUGCAGUACUUAAUCCAGUCUGGCCCGCCUCGGUUUCAGGAGAAGGCAGAAUUUUUGUUGCAGUGUUUGCCAGGGACAUUGGUGGUGAUUGUCAAGCGUGGUAACAAUAUGAAACAGUCUGUUGGAGUCCCUAGUGUUUACUGCAAGAUUACACUUGGUCAUAAUCCGCCGAGGCUCACCAAGGUUGUCUCAACUGGUCCUAAUCCGGAGUGGGAUGAGAGCUUUACAUGGUCCUUUGAGAGUCCUCCAAAAGGCCAAAAGCUUCAUAUUUCUUGCAAAAACAAGAGCAAAGUGGGAAAGAGUAAAUUUGGGAAAGUAACAAUCCAAAUUGAUCGAGUGGUAAUGCUCGGAGCCGUAGCUGGCGAAUACACUCUGUUGCCUGCAAGUAAAAGUGGACCACCAAGGAAUCUAGAAAUUGAAUUUCAAUGGUCUAACAAAGCAAGUGAUACAACAACUGAUACAAAUCAGCAGCCUUAG